UACAACAACAACCAAUCUCUUAUCAACAAUCGUGAUGAUCAUGAUGAUGAUGAUGAUGAUAUAGUGAAAUCUAAUUCACAUUCUAUAGAAUCCAUAGAAUAUUUCGUGAUCCAUUCAUUCAUUCAUUUUGUGUGUUUUUGGUCACACCGUUGACGCCCUUGAAUUAUAUAUUGUUGUAUAUCAAGCUCCAUAACAUAUAUAUCCUGUCUAAUGCGUUAGUGUGUUUUUUUUAUUGUUUCGACGAUGACAAAAAAAAAAUAAUAUGAUUGCAAUUCUUCAUUAAUCGAACGCUGUGAAGCAAAAAAAAAAAAAAAUUCUUCUCUACGUCAUUUAAUUUUGUGAUCGAAUUUUCUUCAAUUCAGCGCUUUCGUCUUAUUUUUUUUCGAACCAAAAGAUUAUUAAUCAUAAAUUGCUGCCUACAAUAAUUGAUUCGAUUCUUGUGUUUGUGUGUGUGUUUUUCAAGGUCGAUUGACGCCCAAUAUUCUAAACUCGAAAUUUUUUUUUUUGUUGUUGUUGUUGAUUAUUAUUUUGUUGCAAAAUAUUGUGAUCAUUGUGUAUGUGUGUUUGUUGGUAGAAAAUUUUUGAGAAUUUAUUGAUGUAAAUGAUUUAACAACAACAACAACAACGAUGGAAUUCAUACAAGAUCUAUAUCGAAAAGUAUUUGGUGAUUUUUUCAUACAAUUCGAUACUGAAUAUGAUCUAAAUUAUACAUGUAAUGUAUUUCUAUCGAAAAAUAUGACAUUGAUUGAAAUUGAUCGUGGCUGGGAAGGUAUACCUGAAUCAUUGGUCAUACAAUUGAUACUUUGUCUGUUUUUAAUAUUACCAUUUGUGAUAUUUCGUUAUUUGGCACGUUAUCAUUCAUAUGAAGUUAAAAAUAAUAAUCGUACCAACUGGGUACAAUUUAUCUAUGGAAAUCGUGAUAUUAAAAAGAAAACAAUUGUACAUGCAAAUAAAAAUUUUCAAUCAAUUGAAAGUUAUUUUAAACAACAAAAUAUAUCACCAAAUAUAUUACCAUUUCAUUUAAGUUUAUGUAAAAAUCAACGUUGUAAUAAUAAAUCAUCAACAUCAUCAUCACCAUCGAUAACAACAAUUUUAGCACAAAAUUCUCAAAUUGAUAAUCAUUCAUCAUCAUCAUCAUCAUCAACAUCGACAUCGACAACAUCAACGGUAACAACAACAACAACAAUAAUCGAUGAUGAUAGAAAACAUCGAAAAACCAAUAGUAAUGGUGAUGGUGCUAAUAUAUUUGCAUCGAAUGCUACCGCUGAUCUAAGUGGUUCAAAAUCAAAUCUAGUACCAACAACAGAAUCAACAUUUCCAGUGGAAAGAAAUUCUGUGGUCAUACAAAAUGCCAUUAUUAAUUUAACUAAUAAUCCUGUUAAUUAUAUUCAACGUAUAUUUACACAUUUAUUGAAUAUAACGGAUGACGAUAUAUUGGCCAAUAAAGGCCAUGAUGCCUAUCAAUAUCUAUUAUUUCAACGUUAUAUUAUCAUAUUUUUAUUCAUUUUAUCAUUUGUUACAAUUGUCAUAAUACUUCCUAUUAAUGUACAAGGAAAUAAUGAGGGAAAAGCAUUUGCUCGUACAUCGAUCAGUAAUGUACCACAUGAUUCGAAUCUAUAUUGGGCACAUGCAAUUUGUUCAACAUUUAUCAUCAUUGUUGGUGUUUUUCUUAUGAAUCGUUUUUCCAGUGAAUUAAAAACCGAUGAUGAUCUUAUGUUUUGUAAAACAUUAUUGAUUCGACAUAUUCCAAUACUUGAUAAUCUUGUGGAAAAAUUACAAAAUUAUUUUGUUGAAAAAUUUCCCGAUGUACAAAUUAGUGGUAUACAAUUGAUUGCCGAUGUACGACAAUUGGAUUAUCUUGAACAAUCAUAUACAAACGCUGUGAAUGCAUUGAAAUAUUGUGAAGAAAUUAAUAAUGAAUUACAACAACAACAACAACAACAACAGCAGCAGCAGCAAGAAAAUUCGAAUAUUGUUCAACAACAACAAGAUAAUAUUGUCGUUAUUGUUGAUAAUAGCAAUAAUGAUAAUCGUUUUAUGAUUCACCCCAUCAAUUGUAAUCGACUUUUUGGCUGCUGUCUUUGUUGUUGCUGUAGAAAUAACGAUGUUGAUGCAGCAGAAUUUUAUCAUAAUGAAAAACAAGAUCUAGAAUUGGAAAUUUACAAUGAAUUGCAAAAUAUUCCAACACAAUCAGUACGAUCAGCAUUCAUUACAUUUCAUACAGAAUUAAUGGCAAUGAAUGUGUAUAAAUACAUAAAAAACAAACAAAAACAUUCCUGCGCCAAUUGUCUAUUGUGUGGUAUUUGUUUUAAUUUUCAAAAUGAAUUUGAUCUAGCCAAAUGUAUGGUUAGCCAUGCACCAUUUCCCGAUGAUGUUAAUUGGCGUGAUAUUGCAUUUGAUAUGAAUUUAUUAUGGUUAAGAAAAAUGAUCAUAUCAUUCAUAUUGUUCAUCAUAUUCUUUUUUCUAUCUACACCGGCUUUUCUAUUGAAAAUUUUCGAUCUAAUUGCAACAAAAGAAUUGAUUAAAAAAGGAAUACUUAAACCGAAUUCAAUUAUUACGGAUUUUAUGAGUCCAUUUCUAUUGAUGUUGUUGGCCGUCAUUUUGCCAUCGAUUGUUACCUAUGCUUGUCAAAUGAUUCCAUAUAAAACAAUUUCGGAUCUAAAUCAUGCCGUCAUGUCAAAAGUAUAUGCUUUUCUAGUCAUGAUGAUUAUUGUAUUGCCAUCGACCGGAUUUCUCAGUAUAAAUGCAAUGUUGGGCGCUGUACUUGCAUCGAAUACUGAUCAACAUAAAUUUCGUUGGCAUUGUUUAUUUCCUGUGGAUAAUGGUGCAUUUUUUGUUAUCUAUACAUUACAAGCAGCAAUACUUGGUAAUGUGGCAGAAAUUUUACGAAUACCUGAAUUAGUAUUAUAUUUGGUUUAUACAUUAUUUUUACGUUCACCUGCUGAAUAUCAAAAAGCACGUAAAUGGGUUACAUUUGAUUUUCCAUUCGGUGUUAGUUAUCCAAGAUUUUUACUUAUAUUCACAAUGACUGUUAUAUAUAGUUUUGCAUGUCCAUUAAUUGCACCAUGUGGAUUGUUGUAUAUGAUUGGAAAACAUAUUGUCGAUCGUUAUAAUAUCUAUCAUGUUUAUCAACCGACAAAAAUUAAUCGCCGUAUACAUUCAAGUGCCAUAAUGUAUGUACUAAUUGGCCUCAUAUUGAUGCAAUUUCAAUUAUUCACCGUAAUGAUUAUUAAAACACAAUACUCACGUAUUACAUUAUUUGUAUUGAUAAUAUUGAUCAUCACAUUAUUGGCAUUCACUUUUUUCGGUUUUCAUCAUUGGUUUCGUAAUCUAAUUACAUCACGUAUUAACAAUCGUAAUUUUAAACAUAAAAGAGAUUUUUGUGUUUGUUCCUAUACACCGCCAGUAUUAUAUCAUUUAUUGGAUGAUGGAUUAUUUCAGCAACAACAACAACAACAACAACAACAACAACAACAAAGACAAUAACAACAGCAACAAUCAUCAUAACCACCACCAACCCCAUCAUUACAAUGAUAACGAUGACUAGUCUAUUUACUAAUCCUUAAUUUUUAUCAUUACCACUUUUACAUGUGAUAGAUGAGAACUUUUUGAAAAUUUGAAACAAAAUCGACUGUGACAAAAAAAAAUUCCAUAAAUCUUCUAUACAUACAAGUCUAUGUCGCUUACGUUUGUCGGUAACUACAACUUUUACACUCGCCAAGUGCUUGCACUGUGUAUUAACUUGGCAUUUGAUGCGGGGAAGAUCAGCCUGUUCCGGGCUUGUAAUAAAUCAAAUUGGAAAAGAAAAAAAAAUACACAAUUCAUUCGAACUGAAAAUUCUCAUUCUCAUAUAAAUAAUAUAUUAUUUCGUGCAUAAUAAUCAAAAAAAAAACCGUUUGUGUAUGGCCCCGAUGUGUUUUAUUUAUUUCUCUAAUUGUGUGUUGCAAGAUCAAUUUCGAAAUUCGAAUUCAUCAUAUUUUUUCCAAUUGAUGUAUAUGUUAAUUCGAAUAUAUAUAGUGUAGAAUUUUAUUAUUCGAAAGUUCGAAUUUUAAAUUUUAAAUGUUGUGAUUUUUUGUUUUGUUUUUGUUGAAAUAAAACUAUUCGAUCGAUAUUCGACUAUUA